AUGGAUAACGUUGAGUUAGGUGAGAAUGUUGACAGUAGUCCUCGGGUAGGCAUGAUAUUUAAUUCAGAGCAGGAUGCUUAUGACUUCUAUAACAGUUAUGGAGGAAGAUUGGGUUUUAGUAUUAGAAGAGAUUUUGCACAUAAGAGAAAGAAAGACAUGACAGUUAUAACUUCACGGAGAUUAGUAUGUAAUAAAGCUGGUUUUCGGAGAAUAGAUAAGCGAGACAUCCAUACAAAAAAACCACGAGCUGAGACGAGAACAGAGUGUCCAGCACGGAUGGGGAUAUACCUGAUGGAAAAUGGAAAAUAUGAGUGUCGUGAUUUUGUGGAAGAACAUAAUCACCACCUUCAUAUUCCUGGUACUAGGCAUUUUAUGCGUUCCCAGAGGAAGAUUUCAAAGAUACAUUCAUAUGAAAUCGAUUUAGCAGAUGAUUCAGGGAUCAACCCUAAGGCUGCAUUUGAGUUAAUGAGUAGGCAAGCUGGCGGGACAAAGAGUCUUGGCUACAUAAUGCAAGAUCAGAAGAACUAUCUACGAACUAAAAGACAAUAUUCCUUAUCAUAUGGUGAAGCAGGGAGUUUGUUGAAAUAUUUUGAAAAUCAGAGUAUGAACAAUCCUUCAUUUACAUACUCAUUACAGUUGGAUAGUGAUGAACAAAUCACUAAUAUUUUUUGGGCUGAUCCUAAAAUGAGAAUUGACUAUGCACAGUUUGGUGAUGUUGUUAGUUUCGAUACCACAUUUUGUACUAACAAAGAGUAUAGGCCAUUUGGGAUAUUUGCCGGUUUUAAUCAUCAUAGAGGGGUUAUUAUAUUUGGGGCUGCACUUUUGUAUGAUGAAACAGCUGAAUCUUUUAAUUGGUUAUUUGAGACAUUCGCAGAAGCAAAUGGACAUAAAAAACCUAUAACCAUCUUCACAGAUCAAGAUACUGCUAUGGCAAAAGCAUUGUAUGAAGUGUGGCCUGGGACAUGGCAUGGGUUGUGUACUUGGCACAUAAUGCAAAAUGGAAUUAAACAUCUAGGUCAUAUAAUGAAAGAUGGCUCUUGUUUUCUCAAAUAUUUGAAAAAGUGUAUAUUUGAGUAUGAGGAAGAAUUACAGUUCGAGAAUUCUUGGAAAAAAUUACUUUGUGACUACAACUUGGAACAAAAUUCAUGGUUGCUUCGUAUUUAUGGAAUUAAAUAUAAAUGGGCAAAGUGUUAUAUGAAAAACACAUUCACAAUAGGCAUGCGGAGUACACAAAUUAGUGAGAGUUUUAAUAGUGACUUGAAAGAAUAUCUAAAAUCUACUUUGGAUGUUGUUCAAUUUUUUAAGCACUUCGAAAGGGUUGUGAAUACUAAACGAGCUAAUGAAUUAAAGGCUGAAUUUGAUUCAAGAAACAAACUUCCAAGGAACAUGUUCGGGAUGUCACUUGUUAUCAAACAAGCUGGGGAUGUCUAUACUCCAUACAUUUUUGAGAGAUUUCAGGAGCAGUAUAACUGGAUUAGUUUUUGCAAAAUAAAUUUUCGGAAUGAAGAUACUCCCUUUCAUGUAUAUAUGGUUGGCAUUGUUGGUUCUGAAUUUGCAAGAAAUAUGAGACGUUUGGCAUUCUUUGUUGCCAUUGCUUGA